CUUGAAGAAAAGGCGCGUAUACCGUUCCAUCGAAAUUUCAUCAUUUCCGAUAUCUAAACGGUCGUCAAUUUAGUUAGCUUGAUUUUUGCGGCUCGUGAUAGAAGUGUAGAAGAUAAACGCACAAUUUUGACGUUGUUCGCAAGUAAUUUUCGAUAAUUCAGCCGUAAGACAUUGUUAGGAUCGUUCGCCUCGCUCAAACUACUCUCCCCCCCUUCGUUCCUCUUGCAUCUCGUACACGACGCUCGAUUCUGUCCAUUCUGUCGAAACACGUAAAAAAGACAACGGCAAGCAACUCUGCGAACAAAGAACUAAUUUGAAGGAGAUUUCAGGAGAAAAACAGUUUGCAUCACACGUUUCUUAGCAAAGCGAUCAAUACAGUAAUUCUGAACACUCGUUAAACAGUCUAUAAUUACUCGGAAAAUGAACGAAGCACAGGAAUUACUAGAUGACCCGACAAAGCACUUUCAUUAUUAUUCUAAUGUUUGUGGCAUGUGCCAAGUGUAUGGUGAAGGAAUAAAAUUACAAAGAUGUAGUGGUUGCAGAAUGAUUGCUUAUUGUAGCAAGCUCCAUCAGUCAGACCAUUGGCCCCGACACAAAGAAAUCUGUCCGGUGCUUAAAACUUUGAUGAAAGGAACCGAUACGAUUUAUGGGAUAAAUAAGAGCUGGGAAGAUAAGGCUUGGAUGAAGCACAGAGAACUUUUGAUUGCUUUAAUAAUAGAAAAAUUAGGACGCACGCUUUCUCUUGGAGAAUUUGAGAUGUUGGCAUUUCCAAGAUCGUGCCAAACUUGUCACGAAACAGACCCCUCAAAAUUGACCGACUGUCAAGAGUGCCCGGACACAAGUUUUUGCAUAAAACAUCCAAAGGACAAGGAACAUUUGGCAAAAUGCAAAGUGUCUAGACUCCAUUUUGAAACAAACAAUGCGAUGGUCAAGAAGCUAUGUUUUGCUCCCUACAUCAAGAAGUACAUUCCACAAAAUAUGGACCAAGCUGUUGGCCUCCAUAUGUCAGAAUUUCUUUCCCUAGAAUAUCCAACAUCUGCAGAAGCCUGUGUCGCCUUAUAUUCAGAGAGAUUAACAAGAGCUGAAACCUUUCUAUACGCACUGAAAAAGUUAUCCCGUUCUGAAUUACGCUGUAUGACAAUUCACGUUGUUGAGGCUGAUGACGAAGUCUUGUAUCAUGAUUUUUUUAUAAAGUAUUUCAUGGAACGGGACGAAUCUAUCCAGGAGCUCACGAUCUUCUAUUUCUGUUCAGAUCUUUUAAACAAAAGUGAGACCCAAUAUCAUAGCGGAUGUACUGUGAAUAUUCGUUAUAUACAAAACUCGUAUGCAAAUUUUGCUGCUAGCAAAUGGUUCACUAAACCUGAUUAUGUCGUUGCAUUUGAUUUGAUAAUCCCAAACCCCCCUAUUCUUGUUGAUAAAACUUGGCUUCAGACUUUCAAAACAUUGGUUAAAUCAAAAUGCCCUUUUAUUAUGACUGCAGUCAAUGAGGAGCAGUCCAAGGACAAUCAAAAAAGCAUUAAUUCUGUGCUUAAAAAGAAGAAUGAAAUAUUUUGGACUGGAAAAAAUCCAUUCUCCAGCAUGAGACCGUCCAAGGCUCUUGAUGAGGAAUUCUAUUACAAUUGUAGUUAUUUAACCAUUUAUGAAAAAUUGGGUUGAAAAUCUUGUUAAAGAAAAACAUUACGUUGGGCAACAACAACUUGUUAUUCAUUCGACCGCUGCUCAACUAAUAAUGAAAAAAAAAAAUAUGAACUGUAAAGCACCAAAAUGUCAUGGUAUUUUCAGUUUUUGUUAAAGUGAUUGAAAUCAGUUGAUACUCGAACUGACAUGAAUGAUGAAAAAAUUGCCAUUGAAUGAUUUUGAUUUAACUGCUUUUUAAUAUUUUGCAUUUCAGUGCUAUUGAUUUAUUUUUAUUUGCAUUUUUUUAUAUUGUAGUUACUGCGAGAACACAAUUUUUGUUUUUAUUACAAUAUGGAUCUCAGUAUCCAUCAUUCAAUUCCCAAUGCACGUUUGAUUGUGAUGUACAACGACAUUGGUAUAUUUUUUUUCGUCAUUGAGUUUUGUUAAAUGUGAAAUCAUAAGCUGACUGGGAUUGACCAAAAGUAUGAAAAAAUGUGAAACGUUUAGUUGGUAAGGAUGACACAAUAUGUAUCAAAUUACAAUGCUGUGCUAUUUUUUUUACUAAUAAAGGACUUUUGUGAUAAUAUUGAAUAACAA